AUGGCGUCGACGCUUCGUCCAGCAUCGCGACUGGUCGCGGGACCGUACACAGCUUCAGCCAUCCUCAGACAAGCUACAGACCGAUCGACAUCACCUUUCCUCCGCGCCACCGUCACAGCUGCUCAUUUCCACACCUCCCGUCCUCGAUAUGCCCUCCCCUCCGGGCCUCCCCCGCAGGGUUAUCGGUUACCCAGACCCAAGCGUUUCGAUGAAGGAGAGCACGUCCUCGACAAGGCCAGCAAUUAUUUUCUUUUGACCGAGAUGUUUCGCGGCAUGUAUGUCGUGCUCGAACAGUUCUUCAGACCACCCUACACGAUUUUCUACCCAUUUGAAAAAGGCCCAAUCUCGCCUAGAUUCCGAGGCGAGCAUGCGCUGAGACGGUAUCCAUCGGGUGAAGAGCGAUGUAUCGCCUGCAAGCUCUGCGAAGCUAUCUGCCCAGCACUGGCCAUCACUAUUGAAGCUGAAGAGCGAGAAGACGGCUCGAGGCGGACAACUCGUUACGAUAUUGAUAUGACAAAAUGCAUUUACUGUGGCCUCUGCCAGGAGAGCUGCCCCGUUGAUGCUAUCGUUGAAACACCCAACGCAGAGUAUGCUACAGAGUACCGAGAAGAGCUACUUUACAAUAAGGAAAAGCUGUUAGCUAAUGGAGACAAAUGGGAGCCGGAGCUGGCUGCUAUUGCAAGAGCAGAUGCUCCCUACAGAUAA